CUUCUUGCACCCGGACAUCUGGCACGGCGCGGUGGUGCAGGCACUCUUGUCCACGCAGAUCGCGGGAGGCUUCCUCAUAUCCACGGGGAUUCCGUGUACGCUAGCACAAACGUUCAAUGGUCAGCAUUGGUAUUUGUGACAACAAAUAUUCUGGCAAGCUGGACCAGCUUACUGUUUUGGUUUGGUGUGAGUCCUGCAGGAGAUGUCGGGAGAGACACUGGCAUGAUGGCUGUGCUCGUCGAAACUUACCGCACUGCCGAUCGGAAUGGCUUGGAUAUUGUGUGGCCGAUGCUCAUAUUUGCUAUGUUGUUACUAUCAGGAAUUAUAACAAUGCUUACCUUACUGCUUCCGAUAUACGACCGAUUGCGUCGUGUCGGUGGGGUUAAGUGGCGAGUAGUGUCGUUUGGGGCGUCCAUCGCGGGCGCUGGCGUGUCUCUGGCGGCACUGGCUGGCAGAAUACCGGCGCUCACGCUCAUAGAAGACACCGCGGUUCCAUUCCUGGCUAGCGUAGCAACCAUCGUUGAGAUUUUAGCAUUCAAUUUCAUCUAUGGGUGGAAAGUGUUAGUAGAAGACGUAGAGUUCUUGACUGGCAGUGAGUUGUGCAAGUCGUGGGUGUGGGGCUGGUGCGCCGCGCCGGGAAUCAUUGCUCCUAUAUUCGUUUGGUGGGGUGCGACGAUAUUUAUCGGCGACCCGGCGUGGACCGAGCCUCCUUGGACGGCGAGCUCUCUCGCGGCAACUGCUGCGACUGCCGUCGUCAUCUUCUUAGUCUUCGCUACAGUAUCCAUUUGUAGACAAGUACAAUACGAUUUUAUUGGGAAACUUACUUCAUCAUUCAAACCAUCCCGCCAUUGGGGCCCGCGGGACCCGAUCACCCACUAUUACUGGUUAGCCAGCCGAGAAGAGGCCGACAGGGGUAAUAUGCCAAGAAACAGAUACUACAGAAGACAGCUUGGACAGUUGUCUACGAGGCCUAGCAUCCUGCACGUGCCCAAUGUUACUAACACCAAGCAAAUUACGGAUUUCAAAAGACGAUCGAACUCUGACGAUUGGUUGUACACGGUGUACAGAAAAAAAUACUUAACACAUGUGUUACACGAACAUGUUAGCGAAAGGAGACGGUCGAAGUCCCUCGACUGGGCCGUCUCGAACGUCUUCAAGAGGAAUUCAGAUAUUAUUAGCAUCAGUAAGGACACGAUAGAUCCUAAGGAAACUAAUAAUAAUGUUAUUGAUAGAUAUGUAAGUGACAAUGUUUUGAAAUAAAUGUAAGUACAUGUUUAAA